CUGGGCAGGGCGGGGCGGUGGCCCUCCCGUGGCUGUCGCUCGCUUCGGACUCUGCCCGGGUCUGGGCGGUGGCUGCAGCCGGGAGGGCGACGUGGAAAGGCCACGUGGAGCCCCCGGGGGGAGGGCCGGCUGCGGGCAGCCAGGCAAGGGCGCCACGGUGCCUAUAGCGCGCACGAAGCCGGAGCCCCAGUCGCGCGCAGCGCCACCGCAGCAGCUCCAGUCUCCAGAAGGAUGUUCCAGUGUCUGAUGCAAGUGUUGAUGCUACCCCUGUUGCUGCUACCUUUGGGUCACGCUGCUCCCAAGGAUGGAGCUGCAAGGCUGGACCCUGAGGUUCAACAGCCGCUCACGCCCAACCCGUUCCAGCCAGGCCCCGAGCAGCUCCAACGUCUGCAGAAUUACCUCAAGGGGCUGAAGAAGAUGGAAGAGGAUCCAGAGCACAUGGACCGGGAGCAAGUCCUGCUCUACCUCUUUGCUCUUCACGACUACGACCAGAAUGGACAGCUGGAUGGCCUGGAGCUGUUGUCCAUGUUGACGGCGGCUCUGGCUCCCGGAGCCGCACACUUUCCCAUCAACCCGGUGAUCCUGACGGUAGACCAGGUGCUUGAGACCCAGGACCUGGAUGGAGAUGGACUCAUUUCUCCCGCAGAGCUUGUCAACUUCCCAGGAGAGGCCCCCAAGCACCCAGAGUCCCUCCCCCCAGCGCUCCAGGAGCCACAACCUGUUGGAAGGCAGCUGCAUUUCGCUAACAAUCCAUUGCAGCCAGACUCCCAGGGAUCCCCGGAGACUGGAGAAGAGACUAGGGACCAGGCAGAGGCCAAAGGGGAGCCUUUGGAACCUGUGCAGGAGGCUGGACAUCAGACAGGGUCCCAAGUAGAUACCCUCAGUCCUACAGGGGAGGCUAGGAGACAGGCAGAGGCUGAAGGAGAUGUCCCCGUUCCCAGAGAGGAUGCUGAGGGCCAGGUGGAGAGCAGGGACACUGAAGGGGAAGCCAAAGAGCUGCAAGUGGAGACACUAGAUACCAUAAACACUCCAAACAAGGUUGAGGCUCAUAGUAUUCAAAUGGAGAACGAUGAGAUAUAGGCCCGACGGCACGGGCUCGCAUCCCUUCAAAUCUCAGUGAGGAGCAGAAGCAUGAAGGGCUAAGAGCCACCUCUGACAGGGGUACGGUGGCACAAGUCAGUAAUCCUAGAACUUGGAAGACUAUAGCAGAAGGAUUGAGAGCUCCAGGCUAGCCCAGGCUAUACAGCUAGUUGGAGGCCAGGCUGGCCUACUUAGUAAGACCCUGUCUUGAUGAGGGAACAAAAGCACUCCUAUAUUUCCUUUCUGGCCUCAGGAGGAAGCAGGACUUCCUGUGCCACUCAGGGAGACCCCAAGCUGAGAGGCAGCUUUCAGGCCCCCAACAACUAAUAAAGAACAGAAUGAAUUCAUCUCCAUAGCUCCUUCCCCUCAGAACACAGGGGCUUGGGGACUGGACAAGCUUCUCGGCGGGAUGGAGAGUCAGCUUUUCCCAGGGUUUCUGGCCGGGGGUGCUGAGAUCACUAGUCACAGCCAGCUGCAGACAAGCCCAGGAAGAAAGCUGUCUAUCCUGGGAGCACGAACUCUCGCCUGAAGAUUCCUCUUGACUUGAUGGUCAGACCUCUGUGACCCGUGUUGUGGCUCAAGGCAGAGAGAUGGUCCCCACUCCUAGGUGGCAUUAAUAACUACCCUCCCCUUCUCUUCCUCUUCCCCCUUCUCUUCCUCUUCCCCCUUCUCUUCCUCUUCCUCCUCCUCCUUUUCUUCCAGGCCCUCGAGCUAGGUGACAGCCACAGUGGUCAGGGAGCCUUCUUUCUGGGUCCAUGGGGCUUCUCUGUCCAAGACUACCUUUUCCCAUGGGCUUCCCAGGAACCUACAAGUCCUCAGAACUUACCGUGAGUCAGGUUGGCACUUCAACCACAAAUGUAGCCUGAUGCAGAACGCUGCUGUCCCUUGGGGAGGUUAGAUGCAGGUGACAUGUCAGGAUCGGAAUCUAAGAUGAGAUUCCGGACAGUUGGACAAAAACAUAGGCUUCCUUGUCAGACAGACGUGAAUUCAAAUGAGUCAUUUAAUUAGGUGUGUUCCACCUUCGUGGGCAUUGCUUAACCAUCGCCUUCAGCUUCCCAUCUGUCAAAUGGAGUUGAUUUUUGCCUGGUCACAGAAUUAUCGUCAGGAUGAAAAUCAGAUAAAAUGCUAUAUUAAAAUGUCA